AUGUCAUCGAUUUGUCCAUACUGCAAUAAGAGAGUUUACUUUGCUGAGCGUCAGUUUUACAAGGGAAAGGACUAUCAUAUGAUUUGUCAUGGACUCCUUGUCAAGGAGGAGCUGGCUGCUGCACCAAAGGUAUUUGCCAUUCACGAGCAAAUCUUUUGUAAUCCAGAGGAGAAUGUGAAGCACUCCUAUCCUUUGGCACCAACUGAGCAAUAUCUGGCCUCAUUGAACAGUCCACCCACCUCACCAAGGACCUGUUCCAAGUGCAAUAUACCAGCAAAGAGCUUAGAUGCUCGUUUCUGUACUCAAUGUGGUGGAAAGUUU